AUGCGUCAAAACCUUGCUACUAAAGAAAGUCUUGGUUUUAAAUACCUCAUUCUUUUUAAAGAAAAGUAUCGAGAAGAAGCUGCUGAAGAGUUGGAAGCAAACCCAACUGUUCAUGAUGUUGUAAAUGUUGCUGUUCAAGCCAAAGAAUGGCUUGAAACAUAUCAAGUUAAAGCAACUCGAAUAGAUUUAAAUGAUGGAACUGGAACUGUUGAUUUAGAGUUCCAUCAAGAAGAAUCUAAUAAAUCCUUUUGGAAAACAAAAUUUGAUUCAUUUGAAGUAUUAUCAGCAUGGAACAAAUUGCCAAUUAUUAAACCUCGAAGAAAAUCAAAUUCUUAUCGAAUAGUUGAAAUCGAUGCAACAUUAUUUCUCGAA